GUUUGCAUGUCUCUCUGUAUAUAUUCCUAGGCAUUUCUCCUGCUGUGCCGUAUUCUAUUCUGUGGGCACUGGAAUGGAAGGUGUCAUUCUCUCUUGAUGUUUCCUUUUAAAAUCAGUUGGUGACUGCAUUUGAUAUUUACUGACCCAUUUCAUAGAAUGUAUCAAGCACACAGAAUUAUGUAAAUAUAUUCACAAUGAAGUGUAUAUUUACAAUGCAGUCAGUCUCACCAUUUCUAUUAUGUACAUAUAUGGGAUACCUUAGGAUGCAGUGACCUAUAAGGAUGUGCAUGUGAACUUCACUCCUGAAGAGUGGGCUUUGCUGGAUCCUUCCCAGAAGAGUCUCUACAAAGAUGUGAUGCUGGAAACCUACUGGAACCUCACUAUUGUAGGGUACAAAUGGGAAGACCACAAUAUUGAAGAACAUUAUCAAAAUUCUUCAAGACAUGGCAGCAGGUGUGUCAUUUGUUACUCUGGAUACAAUCCAUGUGAGCAUAAGGGACAUGGAAGGAAGCAUUGUACUUCUGUCUCUCUCAGAACAACUGGAAGAUAUGUGGUAGUCCCCACUAUGAGAAGACGUGAUGACUGUGAUACAAGUUUACAAUUAAUUGGUUUUCCAACUUCAGUGGGAAUUUAUCAAAAAACUUUCAUUGGAGUACAACCUUAUGAGUGCCAGGAAUAUGGAAAUUCAUCUCUCUCUACUGGUUCAUUGUGCACAUGUAGUGUGCCUCACAGUAUAAGAAAAUGUUAUGAGUGCAAUCAGUGUGGUCAGACCCUGUGUUCUUCAAGUUCUCUUCAAAGAUGUGAAAAAGCUCAUGUGAGAAGUGAAAAUAAUAAAUAUGAGACAUCUACUAAAGGCUUUAGGCUUGACAGGCAUCGUCAAACACACCAAAGAACCAAUAACGAAGAGGCUCUCUAUGAAUGUAAUCAACAUGAUGAAGCCUUUAGAUCUGAUUGCUCUUUAGAAGUAUACCAAAGAAGUCAUUUGGAAGGAAAACUCUAUGAGUAUAAUCAAAGUUAUAAAGCCUUUGUAUGUCACAGUCUUCAUCAUCAUGUACAGAGAAUUCAAACUCGAGAGAAAUACUAUGAAUGUGAUCAUUGUAGUAAAGCCUUUGUACAGAUGAGUGAUCAUCACAGACAUGAAAGAAUUCAUACUGGAGAGAAACCAUAUGAAUAUAUUCAAUGUAAUAAAGCCUUUGCAGAGACGAGAAAUCUUAAGAGUCAUAAAAGAUUUCAUACAAGAGAGAAACCCUAUUUAUAUAAUCAAUAUGGUAAAGCCUUUACAAGAAAGAAUAGUCUUCGCAGUCAUGAAAGAAUUCAUGCUGGAGAGAAACACUAUGAGUGUAAUGAAUGUGGUAAAGCAUUUGCACAAAAGAGGAAUCUUCAAAGUCAUGAAAGAAUUCAUACUGGAGAAAAACCAUAUGUAUGUGAUCAAUGUGGUAAAGCCUUUACACGGAAGAGUCAUCUUGAAAGUCAUGAAAAAAUUCAUACUGGAGAGAAACCCCAUGAAUAUAAUCAUUGUGGUAAAGCCUUUGCAAUGAAGAGUUAUCUUCUCAGCCAUGAAAGAAUUCAUACUGGAGAGAAACCUUAUGAAUGUAAUCAAUGUGGUAAAGCCUUUGCACAGAAGAGUAGUGUUCAAAGUCAUGAAAGACUUCAUACUGGAGAGAAACCCUAUGAAUGUCAUCAUUGUGGUAAAGCCUUUGCAAGAAAGAGUUAUCUUCUAACCCAUGAAAGAAUUCAUAGUGGAGAGAAACCCUAUGAAUGUAAUCAGUGUGGUAAAGCCUUUGCAUUGAAGAGUCGUCUUCACAAGCAUGAAAGGAUUCAUACUGGAGAGAAACCCUAUGAAUGUAAUCAAUGUGGUAAAGUCUUUGUACAGAAGAGUAACCUUCUAGGUCAUGAAAGAAUUCAUACUGGAGAGAAACCAUAUAAAUGUAAUCAAUGUGGUAAAACCUUUGCACAGAAGAUUUAUCUUCAAAGUCAUGAAAGAAUUCAUACUGGAGAGAAACCCUAUGAAUGUAAUCAAUGUGGUAAAGCCUUUGCACAGAAGAGUCAUCUUCUCACCCAUGAAAGACUUCAUAGUGGAGAGAAACCUUAUAAAUGUGACCAAUGUAGUAAAGCCUUUGCAUUGAAGAAUAUUCUUCACAAUCAUGAAAGAAUUCAUACUGGAGAGAAACCCUAUGAAUGUAAUCAAUGUGGUAAAGCCUUUGUACAUAAGAGUAGCUUUCUACGUCAUGAAAGAAUUCAUACUGGAGAGAAACCGUAUAAAUGUGACCAAUGUUGUAAAGCCUUUGCUCAGAAGGUUAGUCUUCAAAGUCAUGAAAGAAUUCAUACAGGAGAGAAACCCUAUGAAUGUAAUCAAUGUGGUAAAGCAUUUGUACAGAAGAGUAGCCUUCUAAGUCAUGAAAGAAUUCAUACUAGCCAGUACCAUAUGGAUAUAACCAAUGUGGUAAUUUCAGAUGUGAGCUGCCAUGUGGGUGCUGGAAACUGAAUUGUGUUUUCUAUAAGAGGUACUUGCUGGAGUCCAGUGUCAUAGGGCUUCAGGUCCCAAAGAAGAGAUCGGGCAUCAGUAGAGGAAAGAGACUCACAUGAUUUGAAAAACAACUACACAUUUUAUGCUGUAUAACUGAUUCUUAGUUUAGACUCAAGCAGGAUAAAAACAGACUUAAUGAUUCCAGGAUAAAAGCAGCCAUCAACCACAUUACAGCAUUUUUUCUGGGGCAAAAAGUGAUAAAUUCAGCAAGUAUCUUCAUGCCUUUCUGGAUGUGAACCCAUUGUUUCCUUUCAUAGUUGCUUUCAUCCCUGGAACUAGGUGUAUCCAGUUAGUAAAUGUUUAAGUUCUCUAUUUUUGGUGUAAUCAGGGGGACACAAUGGGGCUUCUUGUGUGGGAGUAGGCACAGUAGUCACAUUGUGUGGUUCCAUGGUGGUGGGAUUUUUUCCAAGAAUUUUGUUUAAAAAGACUGCCUUGCCUAUGUAUAUGUUCCCAUCCUCCAGUGUAGCCAGCAAAACAAAUUUCCCACAGUAAAAGGCAUAAGGAAACUACAUAACAUUUAGUGAGAAUUAUUAAAAUUGAAAUAAAAAUGAUGCUGGAGAAUUAAGAUCGGCAAUGAGGAAAUGCUGGAACUUUGUCAAACAGCAAUGGUCACCGUGCAGUCCAUGCCAGGUGGUAAACUGCUAAACAAUUUCUCAUCCCUUUUCAUUUCUUUUAAGAUUCAUUUUAUUAUUUUUACCUUUGUGAGUCCAUAUGAACAGUAUACUUUAAACUCAGAUGUCAGCCUGUGUGACCCAGUUCUUCCUUUCUACCCUGUGGGUUCUGAGGACCACACCAGGUCCAUCUGUCUUGGUUACAAGCACUUUUACCUGCUGAGCCAUGCCAUGAUGAACACUGAGCACUGACAUUUUUUUGUUAAUUGUUGAUUUUUUGUUUGUUUGUUUUUUAAAACAGGCUGAUGAAGUUCAGGCUGACCUUGAACUUCAGACGUUUCUGCUUCCACCUCCAGUUACUAUGAUGACAGGUUUUACUACCAUGCCCUGUUUAUGCAGAGGUCUUGUGUGUGCUGAGCAAGUAUUCUAUCCAAUGAUCGCCAUCUGUUAUGAAAACAUUGAUGUAGCUGAGUUUUUCAUCUACAGGUCUACACUGAGAACCUGCCUCAAAACCAAAUCAAAACUGCAAACACAAACUUUUGUUAAAAUAAACUGUGUGUGUG